ACAGUGGGGAAGCAAGCGUCCAGAGCGGGCACCCGCAGUGUGGGCAUUCCAGCACCCAGAAGCGAUAAACCGCGGAGCCAGAAGGGAAGUAGGAAAAUGGCUGGAACUGCCUAGAGGUGGGAGAACUCCGAACGGAGUUCACGUUGGUUUUGAAGCCCACCAUUGUGGAAAGGAAUGGAAUCGCAGAGAAAUAACAGUCUGCUCAGGGAUGAGCCAGGGUGCAGGGUGACCUUCCUGUGCCCUUCCUCUCCCCACCCCUGAAAGCCAGCUCCCGAGACCGGUAUUACAGACGUGCAUUUCAUUCAGACAAACUGUAGCUGGAACAUGCUUCUUGGGAGUCAUCAUGGCCACUGAAGGCAGGGGAACUUUGAACCUCACCCCUAGAGGCCCUGUUUUCCAGAGGCAGGCAGGAUGCCUGGCUGUCAAGCAGGAGCCAGGGGGCCAGACCUGCAGUCUCCGAAAGAACCACCCUCCUGUCUGUGAAAUCUUCCGGCAGCACUUCCGGCAGUUUUGUUACCAUGAGACGUCUGGGCCCCAGGAGGCUCUGAGCCGACUCCGUGAACUCUGCCGCAGGUGGCUGAUGCCAGAGGUCCACACCAAGGAGCAGAUCCUGGAGCUGCUGGUGCUGGAGCAGUUCCUGAGCAUCCUGCCCGGGGAGCUCCGCACCUGGGUGCAGCUGCAUCGGCCCUGCAGUGGGGAGGAGGCUGUGGCUGUGGUGGAGGAUUUCCAGAGACAUCUGAGUGGACCAGGAGAGGGUUCAGCCCCUUCGGAGGAACAGGACAUGAGUUUAAAGGAGACAACAGGUCUGGCUGCAACAGAGGAAUUGCCUCCUACCUUACCGGUCAGUGGGGGCUCGGCCCCUGGUGCCCACCUCAAGCUGCCCCAGGACCCCAGGCCACAGCAUCUCCAGAACAGACACAUCGCUCCACUUGCUUCCUUAGUUCCUGCUCCUCCCCAGGUGGGGGACUCGGGAGUCGAACCAGUGGCACCUCUGCUGCGGAUGGACAGGCCCCAGGUGAGCGGGGUUCUUGCUGCCCUUCCUGAGUCCCCAGGGAUGGCUGCAUCUGAAACCCAGGGCUCGGUCCAUUCUGAGACUCCCUCUUGGCUUUCUGUUGCUUCCUGUGCUGGGUCUCUGGAGUCCCUAGCCGAUGAAGACCAUACGCCUAAUACGAAGUGGAAAGGCCCUGCACUUAGUCAGAGAGCUCUGAACUGGAACACAGUGAUGGAAAAUUACUGCAGCGUGGCCUCACUGGUAGGUGAGAACAGAAAGGAGAGUUCAAAGUUGGCUCCAAAGCAGGACAUUUUGAAAGGCUCAGGGUCAGCUGACAGGACAUCAGAAGGACUCCAUGGAACCGUUCCUGGGACGCCAGAGGCUGGAGAUGCCAGUGAAGAUAACUUGGGGAACCUGAAAGGGCAGCCCUCAAGUGAAGAAAGGGGCAGACUACAAAGCAAUUUCUUAGAAGUAACAGAGGAAGUUAAAAAAGAUCCCACAAAAGCCAGAUGUGAGGGACUUAAGGAGCUAGGGGAACAUUAUAAUCUGUCUUUCCGUGUUGCUGAACAUGAAGGAGUUUUGAAAGGACAGAAACUCUGUCAGUGUGAUGAAUGUGGCAAAGCUUUCGAUAGAAGCUCACACCUCAUUGGUCAUCAGAGAAUCCAUGCUGGAGAGAAACCGUAUGAGUGUAAUGAAUGUGGUGAGACCUUUAGGCAGACCUCUCAGCUCAUUGUUCAUCUUAGAAUCCACACGGGGGAGAAGUCUUAUGAAUGCAACAAGUGUGGGAAAACCUGUCGGCACAGUUCCCACCUCCUUCAACACCAGAGACUACAUAAUGCAGAGAGACAGUCUAAGUGUAAUGAAUAUGCAAAAGCCAUCCCUCAGAGUCCCCAACUCAUUGACCACCAGAGAACCCAUACUGAGGAGAAACCUUACAAAUGCAACAAAUGUGGGGAGACCUUCACUUACAUUAAAAGUCUUGUCCAUCAUCAGGUAAUUCACACAGGGGAGAAACCUCACAAGUGUAUCGAAUGCGGGAAAGCUUUCUGUUCCAAUAGGACUCUUAGCGAUCAUCAGAGAAUCCACACUGGAGAAAAGCCUUAUGAGUGUAAUGAAUGUGGCAAAGCCUUCAGUCGGAGUAAAUGUCUCAUUCGACAUCAGAGCCUCCACGCUGGUGAAAAACCAUAUAAAUGUAGCAGGUGCGGGAAAGCCUUUCAUCAGAACUCUCAACUGGUUGACCAUGAGCGCAUGCAUACCGGAGAGAAACCUUUUGAAUGUAGUGAGUGUGGAAAAGCUUUCAGUCUGAGUAAAUGUCUCAUUCGACAUCAGAGACUUCACACCGGUGAGAAGCCCUACAAAUGCAAAGAGUGUGGGAAAUCCUUCAAUCAAAACUCACAUCUUCUUAUACACCAGAGAAUUCAUACUGGCGAGAAGCCCUAUGAAUGCCACCAAUGUGGCAAGGUCUUCAGUUACAGCUCUAGCCUUAUGGUUCAUCAGAGAACCCAUACUGGGGAGAAGCCCUAUAAGUGCAAUGACUGUGGAAAAGCAUUUAGUGACAGCUCACAGCUUAUUGUGCACCAGAGGGUUCACACUGGAGAGAAACCCUAUGAAUGUACUGAGUGUGGGAGAGCCUUUAGUCAACGGUCCACUUUCAAUCACCACCAACGAACUCACACGGGAGAAAAGCACUUGGCUUUGUCUCAGUCACUUUCUUAAAGCUGGUUUUCCAAGGCAGAGAGCAAGGCACUUUGAUUGGAGUUAAGCUUGAUUCCUAAGAAAAGAGCCCUAGUGGCACCGUGUGUUAAGUAUUGGACUGCUAACCCAAAGGCCAGUGGUUCUAAUCUACCAGUCACCCUGUUGGAGAAGGAUGAAACCAUCUGCCUUUAUGAAGAUUCAUAGCCUCAGAAACCUGUGGGGCAGGUCUGCUCUGUCCUGUAGGGUCACUGUGAGAAUCAACUGGACAAUAGCCAUUGGGUAAUGCGUUUGGUUUUCUUUAUAAGAAGGAUGAUCCCUUGGUCUUAGAACCACUAGUUGAAAGUGGGUCUCUCCCAAAAUGUUUUCCAUUGGGUUACUAGGGUGAGAAAAUGGGAGUCAUUUAGUUCACUCCUUCCCCCUCUUGGGAAAGUCAGGACCACACAUUCCAUUUACUUGUAAGUUUGUUUAUUUUAACUUUUUAAUUUUGUUUCUUAGGUAUAUCCCAUAAUCAGAUUGUGUGCUUGUCAAGGACAGAAAUCCAUAUUCUAUUUCAUCCUCCCUGUUUUAAAGUCUUUCUCAAGGCUCAUUCAUUCUUUGCUAUCUCUUGACUGUGGCUCUCCCAUUCUCUUUAUAAAACUUAUUGUAGUCUAAUGUUCUCUAAUUGCUUUCCAUGCAUAGAAAACUUUUCUUUUUAUGUUUGCUAAUCUGUGUCCCUCACAACUUCCAAGCUCCAGCUCAUCAGUGAAAGACUUUCUUUUUGCAAUUGCUGCUGCUGAUCUCAAACUUGUGUUGGUUUGACCUCGGUGCUCUCAGUUAGCUGGUGUGCAACUGUAUUGUCCUGCAAAUUAUUCUCGUUGUAUAUUUCUAUACUUUGAUAUCAACUUAUUGUAGAUUCUUUUAGCAUAUAAAGAUAUGUUAUAUUGACAUAUAACAUAUAGAGUGCUAAUUGUUAAAUAUAUAUAUUUUUAAGUUUACUUCUCAGUGGGUAUGAUCUCUCUGCCACACACACACACCUAGUCUAAAUAAACUAAUUGCAGGAGGGAGGGGAUCAAGGGGAGCUGAUA